AUGCAGAAACCUAUCAAAACGAGUAUAACUAGAAACCAGGAAGAACACUUUUGCUUCUUGUGGCAAUGUUAUGAACAGCUAAGGUUGUGCGAACUUUCAGCAGUACAACAGCCUCGAGUACCGCCGAAUCCAUUCAGCAAUGGUCUAGGAGCUCUGUUUCAAUUUGUCGGAAAGUUACAUGGGGAAUCGAUGUUGAACGCGCCCCAACGACGAGACACUGAAGUGGAUUCGAUUUUGAAAUGUCUGCAAUGUGGUCGAACAUUCCAAACGAUGGAAAUGCUGGUCAGGCACAUGCAAGACACUCAACACUUCAAUAAUCUUCCAAAAACCUACAGCUCUUUGAUCCAGAUGGACCGUCAAAAAGUGCUGAAUCUCAAACUCCAGAUGAAAUCCGAUGGGGUGAAAUUAGCUUGUGUCAAAUGCGGAGAGAUUCCCACAAACAUCGACAAACAUCUGAAGGAAGUCCACGAUGUGAAAACGAGUUCCGACUGGCUGAAGAAUAUCCGGAUCGUCAGAGAUGGAGGUCAGCUGAGGCGGAUGCUCAUCGGAAACUUUCUUCAUUAUGGCUCUUUGUUCCACAUAGAGUCCGGUUUCGCCACUGCCAGCCUCAACGCAUGCGCCGGCCAAUUCGCCCCAUCUCAACAAACUGAUGUCACUAAUUAA